AUGAACUCUGCAAAAAAGAAACUAUUUAAUGGACAUUCAGAAGAUAGUUAUAGGAGUUCUGUUAUAAAAUAUCAUGAUAUAGUUCAUGGUAUAAUGCAUAAGUUAAAAAUUAGUAAUAAAUAUCGAUAUUUAGACGAUCUAAAUAUUACUUUUGUUGAAUGGAAGGAAAUGAAGAUUCAGAAUGACUAUAUUAAAAAUUAUGUUACUUCAAUUAAGGAAUAUAACGAGAAUAAAAAGAAAAACUGUUACAAGUUUGUUAAUAAUAUUAGCAAAAGUUAUAAGAUUUAUAUAAGAGAGUGA